AUGGAUCCAUUUUCAGCAGAAGGAGAGCUCCUCAACAUCCACAAUGCCUUUUACCAGGGGCAGUAUCAGGAAGUAGUAGACUUCGAUACCUCAUCAUUCUCCUCCGAAAACACUCUUGCCGCCCGUAUCCUCAAGUUGCGAGCACAGAUUGCUCUUGGACAGAGUAAAGAGGUGCUAAAGCUCCUAGGAGCCAAGAGGGAUACACCUGAGUUGGAUGCCGUUGCGGCGUUGGCACAGCAUGUCUCUGGAGACGAAGAAGGGGCUCUGAAACUGGCUGAGAGCCUGGCGGCCAAGCACGAAGAUAAUGCGGCAGUGCAGGUGCUGGACUGCGGAGGCACUCGCUCUGUUAUCGAAGCAUUCUGGAAAUCUAGAGGCGUGGGUUCUUCGUCCUCUUCGUCUUUUGCCUGUGAUAUGAGCAUAUGGCUAACAACCCAGCUUGAUAGUGUCGCUUUGAUUGUCCAGAUACACCUCCAGCAGAAUAGAUCAGAUCUCGCGCUAAAAGAAGUCCAGGCAGCUCGACGAUGGGCACAAGAUUCUUUGCUUGUUAACCUAGCAGAGUCCUGGGUGGGCAUGAGAGUGGGUGGUGAGAAGUACCAAGCUGCAUUCUACGUCUACGAAGAACUUGCUUCCGUCCCCAGCACGACUUCCGCAUUGUCAAUGGUCGGCCAAUCGGUGUCUGAACUACACUUAGGCCGUCUUCCGGAGGCAGAAGCCGCGCUGCAGUCCGCUCUCCAGAAGUACCCCGAAGACCCUCAAGUACUCGCAAACUCGAUUGUAUUAAAUACGAUCAAUGGAAAGGAUAAGGAGGAGUUGAUAGGAAAACUGAGCAAGAUCCAACCUGACCAUCCGCUCCUUACUGACUUGGAGGAAAAGUCGGCUCUUUUUGACACGGCUGCGGCGAAAUACUCCGUCAAGGCCUAG